CCGAUCAGCUGUUUAAUGCCCCACAACAACAACAACAAAGGCUGAGCAAAAAGAGGAGCCGAGGAGAGAGGAGGCCCAAGAGAGAGCGCGUCCUCCCCGAAAACCAAGCACCACCAAGCCGCCUUCCUCCACACUACUGCCGGGGCUCUGCUCUACCUCACCCCGGGGGACCUGCGCCUGGCUCCGGCUCGCUCUGCUCCGCGCUCGGCCUCUUCGCAGAGCGCCUGUAUCCUUUUUGCACUGCAGCUGAAUCUGAGCGUCUGAUUGGCUCUGAUGCACUUUAGCUCCACCCCGUCACAUCCUUAUACGGCGCUGUCUUCCUGCAGCUCAUGACCAAAGCUCCUGUUGCCCCGCCCCCUCCGGCUCUGACUCCGCCCCUCCCGGCUGUGACCCCCGCACCCUCCAAAGGACCAGGAUGUUCCAGCGUUUGACCAGUGCUCUGUUUGGGGCAGACACCAAUGACCUGAGGCCCGAUGGAGUCCAGUCUGAGGAGGAGGAGGAGGAGGAAGACUGGAUCCUCGUCAACUACCUAACCGACACCUGCUCCGGCUCGUCUGUGUGUCCUGAUGAAGAGGACCUCGUGAUGCUGCCCUCCCCCACAGUGCCCCCUAUGGUCCGCUGCCCCUCCCUCACCUCCCUCAACUCCACCAUGACUGAGCCAGACGAGUUGGACGCCGCGGCCCCAGAUCCGGACCGGGACCUAGACCAAGACUCGGACUUGGACUCGGACUUCCUGCGGCUGGAGCCCGGUUCUCUGGAGGAGUCGUGGUUCGUCACUCCUCCAGCCUGCUUCACCCGAGCUCAGCCUCUGCCCCUGGAGCCCAGCCCUCUGGAGAACCUGCUCAUCGAACACCCCUCCAUGUCCGUCUACCUGCUGCCUCUGCACGGCAAUGGCAAGCCCCGCCCCCAACACGGCAACAGGCCCCGGCCACCAACACACCUGCAGAGGGCGCAAGGCAACGGAGGCAAACCAGGGAGUAAGAAGGAGAAGAGGCGCGCCAUGGAGACCAGACACAGACCUGAGUGUAUCCAGCGUCGCCCGGUCCCCUCCUCCGUCUCUCCCUCCGUGUUGGGGCGAGUGGAUCCUCUGCAGCCCCGCCCCCCUCUCUCCCUCUCCAAAAACGCCCUGCGCCGCCUCAACCCACAGCGCCCCCCAAAGACCGCGGCCCCGCAACUGCACCAGCCCACCCACCGCCAGUUCAACUUCUGACCACCACAGAACCGCAGCAGACAAAUCACAUUCAGCAGCUACUCCACAUCAGCAUAGUGUGAAGAGGGGGUAUUAUGCUUUUUACCACCGUACAACACUGUUCUCAUCAGAAACAUGUCGAAAGAGCCAUCUACCAAUCUUUCACAAGCCGAAUUCAAACUCUUCUUACGGUUAGCAGUGCGAUGCAACGUCACUCGUCUAAGAUUCAGCCUAUAAGCCUACGUAACUAUGAAGCUACAGCAUUUUAAAACCAAUAAAAGGUAACACAUUCAUCUAAAUGUUACGUGUGUAAUACCCCCUCUUUAAGCUCCGUUUAUUGAAAUAAUUGGAAUUUAGAUCUAUCAGCUUCCAAAUCUUCUUCAAUAACAACAAAAUGUCUUGAAACUGUCACUAAAGUCCAUCUUUGUUCCGUUUAUUUGUUUAAAGAACACAUACGUUGCAUUUUUGUGGCUUUAAUUCUCUUUCGGACAUGCUUUUGGUCAUCUUGGGAUCAGUAUUUCACAUUUUCUAACUUCCGACUACAUUUGGAAAACUUUAUAAACUACAUCUCUGUUUCCAAUCCCCUAAUUAAUCCUCAUUUGAUGACAGAAUGAGUCCGGUGAUGGUGGUUUUUCAUCUUAAAAACUGCAGAAGAAGUCUAGAUAUGCUUCUAAUGAGGAGUCCAAUUUGCAUAAUAUGUGUUUUUUUAAUAUCAACUACUUUAUCUAGCUCAUUUCAAACACAAAUAUGAUAGAAUUUCAGUUCAAAAAUAGAUUCACAAGUUCAUUUCCAUUUGUAAUCUUGGUGGUCAGUUGUUUGGCUCGGGACUGCGCACCUGUCUGCUCCUGUCUUCACCUGUCAGCUCCUCCAAAUCCCAUCGUCCCUAAUCUCCAAUUGCACUAAACCUCCCUGACUGUAAAAAAAACCACCAGACUGAAGAUUGAAUCGUUUAAAAUCAACGCUGAAUCCGUCACACUUCACCAGAGCCUUACCAGAGCCAUAUGACAAAUCUACUCUCAAAUGUUGCUGGAUGUUUUCAACGUUUUGGACAGUUUAAUCUCAAUUUAUUUCCACCAUUUUCAGCCUUGAUUUGUUGAGGGCAAAACAAAAUGGGCGCCUUCUUCUUCUUCGGCCCGUUUGUAGUUAUUUUGACUGUUAAGUGUUCAAACUUUCUUCUUCUCUGUCUAAUCUUCACAGACGCCAUUUUGUGUAGAAUCAUCGCUGUAGGUCACUUUACUCUGAGGCAGGUUCUAAAGCCUAUUACGGGACAUUUUUGAGUAAUUUUGGGCUGAUGUUUAAAGGAGAAAUAACCUAAACUCGAUGCAUGUAUGUUUUGUUUUUUUUGUUUUUUUACAUCGAGACUUUGCAGAAACUGAUUUGGAAACGACACAUUCAAACCACGUCUUAAUAAUCACCGAAUUGUGUUGAGUUUUCAAAAUGGAUGACUGUCUGUAGUCUUGGAAAGUUACAUUGUGGGAAAUGUAGGAUUCAGUGACAGUGGAAAAUGUUAAUUGCAUUUUUACAUUUGUUAAGCAAAGUGCAAUUAACAAAAUAAAACUAGGAGAUAGUUUUAGGUUAGUGGGAGCUACUGUCAUCUCUGUAGAUCUUUUCUCUGCUUCGUAGUUGCAGUUUCUAGAACUUUUGCAUAUCGAUUUCAGAAACUAAAUGAGCCAAGUAAAUCAUAGCAUCAGCACAAGAUGAUCAAGCUGCCAUUUUGAAUCUGUCUGUUUUGUUUUGUUCUUUUACAAAAUGGCCUCCUGUCUCUUUCACGAACGUCACCAUCCAAAACCUUUUGCAUUUAAAUAUUGUUUUCUCUUUAAUUUCCAGCCUUAAAAAGAAACUCAUUUGAAACCUGUCCCAUUUAAAACCUGAACCUGCCUCUGACUUGAUAAAUUCAGUACUUUUCACAAUAUUUUUUGUAAAACUAAAAAAUGUAAAAAAAAAAUACUGGGUUAAAUAUCACUAAACUUUGCCUUGUUUUAACGGUAGCUUUUGAAACGAAUAGAAAAAAAAAUUGUAUGUGGAAAAAAAAAAACUUCCAAAAUAUUUUUUUAAAAGACAAAAACAUAUCAGGAUGAAGCUGUGUGUGUUGUGAUGUUAGCCUGUUGCAUGGUUGUUGUAUAGACGAUUGGGCAAAAAAUUAUGAAAAAAAAAGUUGAAAUUUCGUGUUUUUAAUGUUUUUUUUUUGGUUUGUUUUGUUUAUUUGAGAAAUCUGCAGUCCACUUCUCAGGGUCAUAACCAAUCACUAACUUUAGGAAAAUGCAGAUUUGCUCGAAACCCGUAAACGUUUUAACAACUUUUUAUAACAAGAAUCCUAUAGCGGACGUUUUCUUUUAGUUUAACGUUGUGUAUUUGUUAAGAUGUUGUAUUUCUGCGUUAGUUACAUUUGUUUAAACAUAUUUAUAAACCAAAAAAGUAGCAGCAACCUUAACUUUUUUUCACUUUUAUUUUUUUUGUUGUAUUAAUAUUUGCUUGUUAUUGGCUUUUGUGCUUUGAAACUGAUGGACUAACGAUUCUGAUGUUGAAUACUGUGGAAGCAAUGGGAAAAGCUGGGAGUUAUGUCACCAAAAUGGAAUGUCAUUUUAGGCAGUUUAAUUAACCUACAAUAAGAAGAGGCUUUUAUAAAAUGAUGGUUCGAGGGAUUCUCUGUCUUUCAGUCUGUAAAAUGCUUUAGAGCUUCAAUCACGGAUUUUCGCUGUUGAACAAUUUUUGUUUUGCUUUUCAACUCUCGUUUUCACUGAUGCCAAUACCUGCCCACUCUUUCUCCUGUUUUAUUUUCUUCCUCGGUGAUACUCGUAGAAUUGGGUGGCGUCACGUAGUCAUUUUGGUACAAAGUAGUCUCUAUUUAUCUAUUAAUGCAAGGAACGUCUGUCUCUGUGUCCUCCUGUCGGUUGGUUUGUGUGCCUGUUCCACAUAUAACUCCAGAACUGCUCAUUCAACUGAUCUCAAAUUUGGAGGGUGUCAUCCUAAUGGGAUGGGUGUAUGCAGUGCCAAGUUUCAUGCAAUUAGGGCAAAAAAAGGUAAAAUGAGUGAUAUAUUUUAAAUAUUAGUGUGUAUUUCAAUUUCACUGCUGCCGAUUCAUGCCCACUCUUUCUCCCGUAUUAUUUUCUUCAUCGAUGAUACUCUGAGGAUUGGGCGGCAUCGCGUAGUCAUUUUGGUACAAACUUGGGGUGACCAUAUUUCCAUUUGUGAAAACCUGGACACCUUACCGAGGGGGGGGCUCGAAUUGAGUCUCACCUCGCAAACCGUGCACAUGACCUCCCACUUGUCCUAACGGUCGAAGGCGAUGACAGGACGAAAAACGGAGAAUUUCUUGUACAAGUCAUCGUUUAAUGUGCAUUUGUGCUUCGGCGUGUUGCAGGCUGACCGACUGUUUGCGUCUGCUCACUCACUCCUUUUGAGUCACAGAGAGCUACAAGAGACGCUCAAUUCCAUGGCCCCAAUGAAAGAUCAUGAAAACCCGGAAAAAAAAACAGACGCCCAGGACAGAACGCAAAAAACUGACAUGUUCAGAGAAAAACGGACAUUUAGUCACCCUGUACAAACUAGUAUUUAAAAUAUACCACUCAUUUUAUGAGGUCUUUAGUGUUUUUGCCCUAACAACAUGAAUUUGAGAUCAGCCGGAUGAGCGAUUCUUGAGUUAUGUGUGGAACAGACAGUGUUGGGAAGGUGACUUUUGAAAUGUAAUCCCCUACAGAUUACAGAUUACAUACACCAAAAUGUAGUUUGUAACGGAAUCCAUUAAAUUACUUAAAGUGAGUAACGUAAUCUGAAUAUUUUGGAUUACUUGAUUUGCUGUAGAGAAACAAAGACCAGGAUACUUAACCGUAUUAAAAAUAUUAUUGAUAGAAAAGGAGGAGACACGUCUGCGCAGCAUGGUUUAGUCCUGUUAAAUCCUGGUUUAGUCCUGAUUUAGUUUUUGUUUAGACCUGGUUUAGAUCUUGUUUAGACCUGGUUUUAGUCCUGGUUUAGAUCUAGAUUAGACCUGGUUUUAGUCCUGGUUUAGAUCUAGUUUAGACCUGGUUUUAGUCAUGGUUUAGUCCUGGUUUAGAUCUAGAUUAGACCUGGUUUUAGUCCUGGUUUAGAUCUAGUUUAGACCUGGUUUUAGUCAUGGUUUAGUCCUGGUUUAGUUCCCAGCAAUGAGUGGAAUUACCAAAAAAAAAAAAAUUUAAAAAUAAAAAUAAUGUGAAAACAGGAAAA